AUGGUUUUAAUUCUUGCUUCCCUUCUGCUUUUAUCCGCGACGACAAGCUCGGUUAUUGCUUUGCCCGCUGCUGUCAAGACUAGCAAAUCGACUGGCACUAAUGCGCCCACCAUCAAAGAGCUUCUUCCGAGCUCAAAAGCCCUUGCGUCGUGGACGACGCUGGCUGGGGCACCCGGUGCACUCCCCCUAUCCGACGCGACGCUCAAGUCGUUCAACAUCAUGAGCGGAGUUACCCACCCAGUGACAAAAGCCCCAGACGGGACGCUUGCGAUGCAAGCGACAUACCCAAAGGGCUCAUUCAAUCCCUCUCACCAGCCCCGCGGGGGCUUCUCCUUCUACGCGCCAGGACCGGACAAAGUCGAUUUGACCACUGCACGCGAAGCCUUGUUUGGCUACUCGAUCAUGUUUCCGAAGGGAUUCCAGUUUAACAAGGGCGGGAAACUUCCCGGACUGUACGGGGGAGACGAUCCCAAGACUGCGCUCGGCUGCUCGGGCGGUCGCAGAGACACAAGCUGCUUCUCCGCUAGGUUGAUGUUCCGCGCUGAUGGGGCUGGCGAGCUUUACACAUACAUCCCCGACCCAUCCUUUGGCCCGCAAUUCGCAGCCAACAAAAAGAUGUGCGACAUCCCCAACUCGCACUGUAACGCCAAAUUCGGCAACUCGAUUUCGCGUGGCGCGUUCAAGUUCACUCCGGGUCAAUGGACUACAGUCAGCGAACGCGUUAAGCUGAACACUGUGGGCAAGUCGGAUGGCGCCAUCGAAAUCUUUGUGGGUGGCAAGAGUGUCAUCAACGCAACGAAUCUUGUUAUUCGGGACAGCGACAAGGGACGGAUUAGGGGAAUGCAAAUGGAGACAUUCUUUGGUGGGGGGACCAAGGACUGGGCAUCGCCGGUUGACCAGAAGGCCUUCUUUGCGGAUUUCUCAGCAGCUAUUUUGAAGAAGUUGUGA